GUAUGAGCCACCGGCACCCAGCUGUGUUGAAAUGAUCUUGUUCCUGGCUCUGUCAUCUUCAGGUGUUCUCUGCUGGUCACAGGAUCUUUCUGAUUCUGUGGUGUCACACUGCCAAAGUGGGUGGUAACUGACAGGUGUGGGGCUGAGUUCAUAUAUGCUGAGUUGCUACCACCACUGCCCGUGAUUCUGUAUUGGGCAUCUCCCAGGCAGCCUUAGGCUCCUGUCUGGCUGCUCCCUGAACAGAGAGCUCUUUCCUCUGGGAAUCAUCAGGGAGGCUAGGGUGUGGGCAUGAUGCCAAGCCUGAUCUUGUGGCCCCUCCGUCUACCAUCUGACAGCUGAGAUCCUUUCCUUAGCUCUGGCUCCUGAACGUUUAGAUAAGGACUUGGGAGCAGAAUUAGUGAUCCAUAGGUGUAGUUGGAAUCUUGUGUCUUCCCUAUUCCUCCCCUUUAACUCCCUGCAUCUAGCAGAGCACCCUCAGUCUCAGCCUCAGUGCCCCUGGUAUCUGUGGGAGGUGGGGUUGGCUGAUGGGCGGGAUUAGAGGCAAAGGUAGGAGGAGGACCUGGAGCAGCCCCUCCCCCUCCUCUGCCAGGAACCACACGGCCACUGGAGGGCAGAUGGGCUUGUAUUGUAGCCCUGGCUCUCGUUAGUGCGGGGCUAUGGUGCGGGCACUGCUCAGUGCUCUGGGGAGAUUACGGUAGGGGGACUGGACGCUUGCAAUCAUGGUGGUGUUCCUGGGCCGUCACCUCCCAGCACUUCUUGAUAUCUUUAAGAAGAAAGGUUCUGCCAAAGCAGAGAGUGACAAACGUCAGAGUGCUGGGCCCGGCCAGGGGCCAGGUUCGGGAGUGGAUGAGCACCAGGACAACGUUUUCUUCCCCAGUGGACGAGCACCUCACCUGGAAGAGCUGCACACCCAGGCCCAGGAAGGGCUUCGCUCCCUACAACACCAAGAAAAGCAGAAACUGAACAAAGGUGCCUGGGACCAUGGAGACACCCAGAGCAUCCAGUCCUCCCGGACAGGGCCAGAUGACGACACCAUCUCCUUUUGUAGUCAGACCACAUCUUACACGGCAGAGAGCUCCACGGCAGAGGACGCUCUCUCCAUCCGCUCAGAGAUGAUCCAACGCAAAGGCUCUACCUUCAGACCCCAUGACUCAUUUCCCAAAUCAUCCGGAAAGUCCGGGCGGCGCCGGCGGGAACGGCGGAGCACAGUGCUGGGACUGCCACAGCACGUGCAUAAGGAGCUCGGCCUGAGGAUCGAGCGUGAGACACCAAGUACUCCUCAGCCUUCUGGUCCACGGGAUGCUGUCCGAAUCCCCACAGUGGAUGGCCGUGCAGCUCGUCUGGCCUCAGGGCCAGGAGCCCGAGUGUCCCUGCAAGCACUAGAGGCAGAGGCAGUGACAGAGGCUGGCACCGAUACCGAGGCGUUGCUGCAGCGGCACAUCGACCGUGUCUACCGGGAUGACACCCUCAUUGGCCGCUCCACAGGGGCUCGGCCCCCACCAUUGAUCCGGCCCAUGUCCCUAGCAGUGCCUGGAUUGACAGGAGGGGCAGGGCCUCCAGAGCCCCUGAGUCCAGCCAUGUCCAUCUCACCCCAGGCUACCUACUUGUCCAAGCUGAUCCCACAUGCUGUGCUGCCACCCACAGUGGACGUGGUGGCCCUGGGCCGCUGCAGGCUGCGCACCCUGAGCCGCUGCAGUUUACACUCCGCAAGCCCAGCCUCUGUUCGCUCCAUGGGCCGCUUCUCCUCGGCCUCGAGCCCACAGCCCCGCAGCCGUCAUCCUUCCUCCUCCAGUGACACCUGGAGCCACUCUCAGUCCUCCGAAACCAUCGUGUCUGAUGGUUCCACCCUCUCCUCUAAGGGGGGCUCUGAGGGCCAGCCAGAGGGCUCCGUGGCUAGCACUCACAUGGCAUCCCCUCCCCAAGGGGGCAGUGGGAGGGGCUCCCCCAGUGGGGGCAGCACCGCAGAGGCCUCAGACACCAUCAGCAUUCGGAGCAGCGGGCAGUCAUCCGGCAGGAGUGUGUCCCUGCGCAAGAUGAAGCGGCCCCCGCUCCCCCCUCGCCGGACCUACUCUCUCCAUCAGCGGGGCUCCGCAGUACCCGAUGGGCCCUUAGGGUUGCCACCCAAGCCCGAGAGGAGGCCGCAGCCACAGCUGCCCCGGCCCCCCACCACAGGGGGCUCCGAAGGGGUGGCAGCAGCAUCCUGCCCACCUAGCUCAUCAGGCAGCUGGGUCUCUGGCUUGUCUCCUGGUGGCUCCCGGCGCCCCCCACGGUCUCCAGAACGGACACUUUCUCCCUCUAGUGGAUACUCGAGCCAAAGUGGUACCCCGACCUUCCCUCCCAAGGGUCUCGCAGGUGCUCCUGCUUCCCCAGGCAAGGCCCUGCCCCCUAAACCAGAGCGGGUCACAUCCCUUCGAUCUCCUGGGGCCUCCGUCUCCUCUUCCCUCACGUCUCUGUGUUCCUCUUCCUCUGACCCUACCCCCUCAGACCGCUCUGUUCCACACAUGGCCACCUCCCUGAGUGACAGGUUUGUCAUACCUCCUCAUCCUAAGGUGCCUGCCCCCUUCUCCCCACCUCCUUCCAAGUCCAAGAGCACUAACCAGGCUGCCCCUGCUCUGGCGCCUGGGACUGGCUCCACGGACGUCAGUCCUGAUUCUCCCCCUGCUCCCCAGAUAUCCUUGACUCCACCCCAGGAGUCUCCUGUGGUCUCCAAAGGCCAUUCACCCCCACCCUCCCCACCCCCAUCUUAUCAUCCACCCCCACCGCCUAGCAAGAAGCCAGAGGUGGUUGAGGAGGCCCCAUCUGCUCCAGAGACUGCUGAGGAGGUCCCCCUGGAUCCCAGCUGGCCCCCACCCCCACCCCCGGUUCCCGAGGAACAGGACCUGUCUAUGGCCGACUUCCCCCCACCUGAAGAGGCCUUCUUCUCUGCAGGCUCCUCUGAGCCUGGCAGCACCCUGGCUGCUUCCCAGAGCCAGCCCCAGGGCACUGCAGACCCUCCUCCAGCUCCCCCCGCCCCGCCUGCCCCGCCUGCCCCACCAGCUCCACCUCCAGCUAGUUCUGGCCCCGAGCUUCUGGCCAAGCUUCCUGUGAAGGAGCCGGUAGGUGGUGCCAAGAGUAGCGGGGCACCCAGGGAAGAUGCUGGUGUGCCCCUGGUCACACCCUCCCUCCUGCAGAUGGUGCGGCUGCGUUCUGUAGGUGCUCCCACUGGGGUUCCAACCCUAGCUUUGGGACCAUCAGCUCCUCAGAAGCCACUGCGAAGGGCCCUGUCUGGGCGGGCCAGCCCUGUGCCUCCCCCUUCUGGGCUGCAUGCUGCUGUCCAGCUCAAGGCCUCUGGCCUGGUUGCCAGUGAGGCCCUUGGAAGCUCCCAGUCCAAUGGAGCACCUGAGGGUGUGCAGCGGUCUUCCCAGUCCCCUGCCUCCACAGCCAGCUUCAUCUUCUCCAAGGGCACCAAGAAGCUGCAUCUUGAGCGGCCAGUGUCCCCUGAAGCCCAAGCUGACCUCCAGCGGAACCUGGUAGCUGAACUAAGGAGCAUCUCAGAGCGGCCACCCCAGGUCCAGAAGAAGCCUACUAAGGCUCCCCCGCCUGUGGCUCGCAAGCCUUCUGGGGGAGUGCCCCCACCCUCUCCCAGCAUUCCUCAGGCCGAGUCCCUUACUGCGCCUUCCACCAAUGGGCUCCCUCACGCUGAGGACAGGACUAAGGGGAACCUGGCAGAGAAUGGAGAUGUCGUGCAGCUGGCUGGUACAGAGACGAUGAGCCCCUCAGGUUCAGAUCCACAGAAAGAGCUGGUCUGAACCACCACACUCACUGGCACCGCUGACCCAUCCCAGGAAUACAAUCUCAGGGACCUGAGCAGCUCCAAGGACGGAAGAAUACGGCAGACACAACCUAAGAGAGGACGCCUGCAGCCUUAAUCUCCACAGUCUCUGAUGUUUAUGCAAGCCUGGUGUUGCCCGUCCUCCAAGUCACCCAGCUCUCAUGCCUUUUCCAGAAAGAUUUGCCUCCAGCAUCUGCUGCUCCAGUCUUGGCCUUAGCCUCAUUUUGAAGGAGGUAGCUGGUGGGAGUGGGUGGCUAUGCCCCCUGCUGGCUCUGAGGCCACAGGCGGGGGGGGGGGUGCAGAGCAAAACACUUCACUCGUGUUUAUUUUGUUUCAUGUCCCAAUCAUGCACAUACUGUAGUCCAGAAUCAAAGCACUUUUGCAAAGUGGCUUCAUGUCCAUUCCAGGGCUCAUGAAACCACAUUCCAAGGGCCUGUUUACAUGGUGGCAGCACCAGUCGCCAGUAGCCAGCCAAAAGCUGGGACCAGUCUGCCCUUUCUUUCCCAAUCCAGUUGCUUCUUUUCUUAGUUCUUGGAGGUGGGCAAGUCACACACUCCCCUAGGCUUCCCCCCCAGGAUGGGGCAGGAGUGGGGCUGUGGAAUUCCAAAGCACAAAAGGUACAGUGGGGCCUAGGCUUCCUGUGCCUCAACUUAACCGCCAAGCACCCUCCUGCCUUCCAGUUCUGCCAGGUGCUCCAUGUAAGGGACAAGAAGUAGGAGAUUGCCAGGGUCCAAGUGGGUAGGGGAGGGCCAGAGGGAAGGUCCCAUAAGGCACUGUCCUUAAAAAACGAAAAAUAGAUAGGAAUACUAAGUAUCUGCCCCUUGCAUUGAAUUGAGGAAGGACAUGACUUCAGAGGUUGGAGCCUUUGGGCUGCGCCCUUUGAGCUAGGCAGGGAGUACAGUACAAAAGGGGUGGAAGAAGGUGGGGGGGGUCUGGCAGGAAGAGAGCUUAUUUGGGCAGGGGACCCAGGUCCACUAGACCCUUGGACUUCUGACCUUUUCUUUACCCUGUGGUGUAUGUCCUUUGUGUAGCUGCCUUUUACAUGGGUGGUUCCCCUGGCAGGGAGCUGACAGACAGUGCAAGGAUGGGAAGCCAAAGGUGCAUUUAUUCCAGACUCUUCCCUAGUCUAUGAGGGGAAGUCUAGUGCUUCUAGUGAGCAGACCGGGGUGACUCUCCCUGGUAUUAGCCUCUGCUACUGAUCUCCCCCUGGAAAUUUUCCUUUUUGUCCAAGACCGGGACUUGAACUUGGUGUCUGGUGUUUUCACCUAUUGGCUGGCGCUCUACCACUUGAGCCACACCUCCAGUCCCCCCUGGGAAUUUUAAUGACCUAUUUUCAACCCAUACUAUCUAUCUAGGUAAGCUGGAUUCCCCACCCUCCAUGGCCGAACAGAACUGGUCCUAGAGCCACCUUCCAGUGUGGCAGCUACCCUGUGUCACCUCUUCUCUUUCACCAGAGACUUGGACUUGAACCUUGCUAGGCUCCUCCACCAUGGAGAGUGAGUUACCUCUGCCAUCAACACAGUAACAAGAGUUGGGGGACAGAUAGGGUGCUAGUUCAUACCUGUAAUCCUAGCACUUGGGAGGCUGAGGUGGAGGAUCUCGAGACCAACCUAGGGUGAGACAGUCUCAAAAACAAAAUAAAAAGAUCUGGGGACACUGGGAUGAGAGCCCCGGUUCCACUGGCCCUCUCUAGGGCUUCUUUGGUUGCUAACUGUCUCUCUGUAGCUUCCAACCAAUACUUUUCUUUUGCCUGGUGGGCAAUGGAGAGUGAGCUGCUGCUGGGUAUAUUCUGCUGCCUAGUGAGUUGGGGGACAGUCUAUAAGCACUCUGCUGUCCCCGGACCUGUCAACUCCCCCCCCCCCGCCCCCCAAGGCCCUGCUAGUAGCCUGGAAGCUGCUGGGGGCAGAAGGCAGCCCAACUCUUGUCCUUCCUCCAAUGUCAUUGGAGCUUUAAUAUGUGCUUGUUUCCCCUUGAGUGGGCCAGAGUACAAAGGAGAGCGUGAAUCUAGAAGAGGCAAUCCUUUGUCCUUGGGCUAAAAUGAGCUUGACCUAGUGCAAGUGGAGACCAAAAGCCUGAUUUUUAAUUUGCGCAAAAAUGUUAGAAGAGAAAAGUACAUAUACAUAUAUAUAUAUAUUUCUUUAAAUUUCGGAGUCUUUGAUAUGUCUAUACAACAAUCCAUUCUGUUUGCCCUGCAGCUUGAGUGAGACACAUGAAAAAGCUGUGUUUCAUUUAAAGGUAUUAAUUAAUUAAAUGAUUGAAACUUG